AUGAGCAUGCAUCAACAGGCCCGUGAGGGUCAUUACAACCCUGCUUCACCUCAUUCUUCGAGCGGAGCUGCAGACUCAUUCAAGGGCACUCCCGACACUCGACUGACCGCAUUCUCUCCGGAAGAGAGCUCCGCUCGAUCUACACGAGUGCUGGGAGGAAUUCGUCAUGGUUCCCUUGAGACAGCACCGCCUUCCAUUAAGUACGGCAUGAACGCGUUGCAGUCUUUCGGACAGCCGAGCAUGUUCAAUCUGGGCACUGCCCACACGGACAAGGAUCCGUUCGUCUCUUCAGCUGAAUCUUCGUUCAAGGGAAGCCAGAAGCUAUCUCCCACGGCCUCUGUCUUUUCACCUCUGCCUUCGGCGUUGAUUCCUCGCGGCUCGGCAUCUGAGCCUAAGCGAGCAGAUGCCUUCUCCGAGGAUCUGAGCCAGAGUUACAGCCAGAUCUCUGGACAAUUUCCACGACCAGCUAGCGUUCCUGCGUCGUCUGACUUCGUCCAUGACAAGCUGAGCACAGAAUCUGGAAUCUCCCGAUGCUUGGUCGUCUCCGCCAGAAUGGGCGGUAGUGUAACCGCAGGUGAGGUGAACCACUACAUAUCUGAACUUCGUCAGAUGGGUACCCCGUUUCAGGGGACCAAUGAGAUCUUCGAGUGUGGAAACCAGGUGUUCGCUCGUUUUUCCAACAUCCGCGAUGCUUGCACUGUUUUCUCGAACAUCUCUCUAGGUGGCCGUGACUGGGACGUUCGUUCCGUUAACCCUCGAGAGUUUUCAUCGGUUGUAGAGCCAGGUGCGGGUCUCGUAACUGCUCAUGAAGGACAGGUGUACCUUAGUGUGUUUUCACACUCCAUGCAGCCCAUCACCGUUCAACAACUCGAGGAGUUCCUAAAGGCGGCUUUACGAACUGAGGGAGACUUGUAUGCAUUCAAGCCCCAUGAAGGUGUAACGGGAAGUGCGAUGAGCGGCAUUGCCGAGUAUUGCGACAAUGACAUGUCGCUGCGUGCCAUAGCAAAGCUCAACGGCGUCGUCGUCCAAGGAUUUCAGAUCUGCAUAGUGCUGUACCGACCUGAUGUGGCGCCGAGCGCGAGCCAGAGUGGACUCAUUGGCUCGACCAGUUCAAUUGCCUCGCCAUCAGAUUUGGCUACCGGCUUCCGACGAAUGUCUAUCGGAAGAGCACAAUCAGUCAUGGCGAAUCCAGCUAAUUCUCUCCUGAGUACACCCGUCCGACCGACACUCCCAGCAAACAGCUUUUCGGUCCCGCAAUCUUAUGGAAUGGUGCCUCUGAUGUACUCGCCUCUGCCUAUGAGUCCUUCGUAUGUGUUGGACCAGGGAACGCCGAGAAGUUACGGCGGCAUGCUGCAACCAAGCAACUAUUCCCUCGUGAGCCCUUCUAUGUCGCAGCAGGGCCCUCUUGUCCAUUCAGAUCUCACGACUCCACGACAAUUCCAGAAUUACGGUCGCCUGGAUGGUCGUCGACAGAAUGCAAUGCGAAUUUCACGAUCGCCUUACUACAAUUCGGCCAAUCAUCACAAUCACGUAGAUGUCAACCGUAUUCGAGAAGGAAUUGACGUGCGCACAACGAUCAUGCUGCGCAACAUCCCGAACAAGGUCCAUCAAGCUAUGCUCAAGGACAUCGUCGACAGAUCUAGCCAUGGCAAGUACGACUUCAUGUACCUGCGCAUUGAUUUCGCCAACGAUUGCAACGUCGGCUAUGCGUUCAUCAACUUCGUCGAUCCGUUGGAUAUCAUUGACUUCGUGCAAGCAGUGGGCAACCAGAAAUGGGGCUGCUUUAAAAGUGACAAGGUUGCCGAGGUUUCCUACGCGACUAUCCAAGGCAAAGACUGCCUCGUUCAGAAGUUCCGCAACAGCUCAGUUAUGCUCGAGGCUCCUCAUUACCGCCCCAAGCUGUUCUUCACCAUCAACGGCCAAUACCCCCAUUUGGCGGGCACCGAGGAACCUUUCCCUGAGCCGGACAACCAAUCGAAAAUGAAGCGAAGCUGUGAGAAUGCAGAGCACGUUGGUCUAUUCACUCCUAACGCUGGUCAACACUUUCGCGAUGAGCAGCGACGCCGUCGUUCUCAGUUCGAUCGUGGAAACCCACGACUUCAGGAGUACGAGUACAAUUCGCCUGUACCUAACCAGGCUUACUACUCUUAG